AUCCAGCCUUGGGCCCCAGUGCCUGGCCCAGGCUUGCUAGCGGGAGGUGCAGAGCUGAGAAAACAGUUGAGUGGCGUGGGGCCUCUAAGGCCCUCCGGGUACAGGAGCUACAGUUCCGGCUCGAUUUUCUGCGGCUUUUUAAGGAGUAGCGCUUCGGUAGCCGGGGAGCUGGAGGGGAACCUGAUUUGAGAUCAAUUCUUGGAGAACACAAAGAAGUGUGGUGGUGAACAGAGGCGUGGCCUUGAAAGAUUUCCAGCAGAGAGACCACCAACACAUGCAAAGCAGUUAAGUGUAAGAAUGGAUAGUUCUGAAAAAGGAUUGAACCAGCUGCCUUUUGACCCUGCCAACAACAACGAACCCCUGCAGUUUGGUAGUGCCACUGGCCCUCUGGUCGCAGAUGGCCUCAGUGAGAAUGGAGGGGAGUCAAGCAAGAAAAGAAAGAGAACAAAUACACCUUCAGCUGAUAAUAGUAGAACUCUGAAUGUAGAUUCUGCUGCAAUGACACUACCUAUGUCUGACCCAACUGCAUGGGCCACGGCAAUGAAUAAUCUUGGAAUGGCACCGCUGGGAAUUGCCGGACAACCAAUUUUACCUGACUUUGAUCCUGCCCUUGGAAUGAUGACUGGAAUUCCACCAAUAACUCCAAUGAUGCCUGGUUUGGGAAUUGUACCUCCACCAAUUCCUCCGGAUAUGCCAGUAGUAAAAGAGAUCAUACAUUGCAAAAGCUGCACACUCUUCCCUCCCAACCCAAAUCUCCCACCUCCUGCAACCCGAGAAAGACCACCAGGAUGCAAAACAGUAUUUGUGGGUGGCCUGCCUGAAAAUGGGACAGAACAGAUCAUUGUGGAAGUCUUCGAGCAGUGUGGAGAGAUCAUUGCUAUCCGGAAGAGCAAAAAGAACUUCUGCCAUAUUCGCUUUGCUGAGGAGUACAUGGUGGACAAAGCCCUCUAUCUGUCUGGUUAUCGAAUUCGUUUGGGCUCUAGUACUGACAAGAAGGACACAGGCCGGCUCCAUGUUGACUUUGCCCAGGCUAGGGAUGACCUGUAUGAGUGGGAAUGUAAGCAGCGCAUGUUAGCAAGAGAAGAGCGCCAUCGCAGACGAAUGGAAGAGGAAAGACUGCGUCCACCAUCUCCACCUCCAGUGGUCCACUAUUCUGAUCACGAAUGCAGCAUUGUUGCUGAAAAACUGAAAGAUGAUUCUAAAUUCUCAGAAGCAGUACAGACCUUGCUCACCUGGAUAGAGAGAGGAGAGGUGAACCGCCGCAGUGCCAACAAUUUCUACUCCAUGAUUCAGUCAGCCAACAGCCAUAUUCGCCGCCUUGUGAAUGAGAAAGCCGCCCAUGAGAAAGACAUGGAAGAAGCAAAGGAGAAGUUCAAGCAGGCCCUUUCUGGAAUUCUCAUUCAAUUUGAGCAGAUAGUGGCUGUUUACCAUUCCGCUUCCAAACAGAAGGCAUGGGACCACUUCACAAAAGCCCAACGUAAAAACAUCAGCGUUUGGUGCAAACAAGCUGAGGAAAUACGCAACAUUCAUAAUGAUGAAUUAAUGGGAAUCAGGCGAGAAGAAGAAAUGGAAAUGUCUGAUGAUGAAAUAGAAGAGACAACAGAAACGAAAGAAUCUGAGGAAUCAGCCUUAGUAUCACAGGCUGAAGCUCUCAAAGAAGAAAAUGAUAGCCUCCGCUGGCAGCUAGAUGCCUAUCGGAAUGAGGUAGAACUGCUCAAGCAAGAACAAGGCAAAGCCCACCGGGAAGAUGACCCAGGCAAGGAACAGCAGCUAAAGCUCCUGCAACAAGCCCUACAAGGAAUGCAGCAGCAUCUACUGAAAGUCCAAGAGGAAUACAAAAGGAAAGAAGCAGAGCUUGAAAAAAUCAAAGAUGACAAGUUACAGGUGGAAAAAAUGUUAGAAAACCUUAAGGAAAAGGAAAACUGUGCCUCUAGACUGUGCACAUCAAGCCAAGAAAGUGACUACCCUCCUGAGAAGAACAUGACCAGCAGUCCUAUCAAAUCUGAACGUGAAGCCCUGCUAGUGGGAAUUAUUUCCACAUUCCUUCAUGUUCAUCCAUUUGGAGCAAGCAUUGAAUACAUCUGUUCCUACUUGCACCGUCUUGAUAAUAAGAUCUGCACCAGUGAUGUGGAAUGUCUUAUGAGUAGACUCCAGCAUACCUUCAAGCAGGAAAUGACUGGAGUUGGAGCCAGCCUGGAGAAGCGAUGGAAAUUCUGUGGCUUUGAGGGCUUGAAGCUGACCUGAAUCUAAAGAGAUUCAGGCAAAGGCCUACCAAUUUGGGAUCCUGAAAAUAUAUGUGUGUUGGACAAGAUUAGAAAGCAAUUUUGUAUUUUCAGUGGUUUUCAAGUGAAAGUUGCUUUUGAUUUGUCAGUUCAUUCCUGGAGUACUUUUCAAGUCAAAAUAAGGAUCCUAGAACAGCACCUCAAGCUACAGGCGCUAAAGAGAAACUGCCUCAAACCCCAAGUGCUGUAACUUUCUCCCCUUUCUGGCAAUUGGUUAUCUUUUCUUUUUAGUAGUAUUGAAAUGUCUGAGGCUAAAGCUAAGCGUGCUCGGAGUGUUUUCAGUGUCUGUACUACUAUUGUAGACCUUGGUAUUUUUUAAACAUUGUUACUGAAAUGUUUUGAUUAUUCCUAUGUGAUUUGUGUUUCCAAAUUUCUCUUCACAUUAAUGUUCCUACUGGUGAAAGGAACAAGAGGAGUGUACCAUGUGUAACUUCCAUUGUCUUUCCAAUGACCAGUCUAUGAAUAACCCAUCAGUGUCUUCUAGAAGGUGCUUGACCAGUUCACCUUUGAAACAACAAAGCAUGGUCUGUGGCUUUUUGCAAAAUCACUAUGAACCAAAAGUUGAAAAAUGUUCCAAAGUUAUUUUUCUCUAAUAGAUAAAAGGUCUAUUUCAGAACUUUAAAAAAGAAGUCUAGAUUUGCAGAAAGCAAGUAUCCAGUGUGACUAGCAUGUGCUUGUGCUUUACAGAAACACUUGUAAAUAGUUUGCUGGUGUGGACACACACACAUACACGCACACACACACACUAGCAGAAAGCAUUUAUUUUAAUUUUCUUUCCCCUCUGGCCUUCUUACAAAAUGUUGGUCCCUUUUCUUCUUCUGUCAGUGUGUUGACUACAAACUGUGUACUGCUGUAAAUACUCUGUUGACUUCAGGCUAAAUGUUUAUAAGGAAUUGGUAGGUGUAUUAAUAGUAAUGAUUUAAUGAAUAAAUAAUGGGCCAGGGCAUGUGAGGCUUCAUACAAAUAAUGCUCCACCUGGAAUGCUGUCUGACAGGGACAUCUCUCAUUCAGUGGAGCCCAUCUGCAGACUACAGUGGCUUGGCCAAGAAUAUGUGGACCAUUCAGAAAAUCCUGCUUGGCAAAAAAAAAAAAAGGGGGGGGGAGAGGAAAUAGUGGGAACUUGGAGCUAGUAUUCUGAGGCAGAGAUAACCUUCUAUUUAUUUAUUUUUGUGGUGGUGAUAGUGGUGCUUAUAAUGACACAAGUGUGUCCUCCCUUGAGCUCAGUUGAAGGUAAGAGAAUGCACUGAGUAAGUAAAGCCUAUGGAGAGUAUUUCCUGAAAAUACUUUGCAAAUGAGAUGCCAGUUGUGUUCAAAGAUGUAUUUUUUAAAUAUAAAUAUUCAUUUUUAUACUUC